AUGGGGCGACGCGAAGACGAGGGCGAGUCCAGUCGUCGCCACGGACGCCGCCAGUCGUCCCCUAGCCCCGCACGUGGCGCCGACAACGAAGCAGCGAUCCGCACCAAGCUGCACGAGUCUGGAUGGAAGAAACGACGACCGGAGAGCGAGAGUCGAGUCGAUGGCGAGCCAACCAAGGACAAGGACAAGGCGUUUCUAAAGGAGACGAGCGCUUCACGAGGCGCAGACGAGUACCGCAGCUCCCGCGCGUCCAGUCGCAGGUCCAGGCACUCGCACUCGCCGCGUCGACGUGACCGCGAGCCCCAUCUGUCGCGCAAAAAAGCGUCCGGGAGUCGCCGUCGCUCGCCGUCCCGCUCUCGUUCGCCAGCGUCUGUUUCCCGCUCCCGCUCUCGGUCCACGACGCGGCGCCGACGACGUCACGUGUCGUCGUCGGGGAGGAAGCGGCGGUCGUCACGCUCGAUGUCCAGAGGAAGAGACAGGAGGCGGUCGAGACGUGCAACGUCGCGGUCGCCCUCGACGCUGUCGGCGUCCAAGCGGAAGACGUCGCUGACGGUGCCGAGUGAGGAGGGAGAGAAGCUGGAAGAGGACGAGGUGAAGCAGAAGAAGAAAAUGAAGGAGGAGAUGGAGAUGGAUGAGGAGGUUCAAGAGGAGGAGACGGAAGAUGAUGGACAAGAGCUCGGCAAGAAACAGGGGAUCGCAGAAGAGGAGGAAGAGGGGGAAAAGGACGAUCGGCGGCACCAUCGGCCGGUGUUGUCGUCGAGAAAAAGCAGUCGACGGUCGCGAUCGGGAUCGCCACGAUCGCCGUCGAGAUCCUCUCGCCGUCGUCGUCAUCGACGCAACUCGUCGCACUCACGCUCGCGGUCGCCACCACGUGGUGGUCGGGCUCGACGUGGCGGGUCUCGUUCUCAUUCGCCACCAAGAGAGCGGCGUCCGCGCGGACACCGUGAUCGGGACCAUCGUAGCCGCCGCAGAGGACGAAGCUACAGUCGUAGCCGCAGCGCGAGCUAUAGUCGUCGUCAUCGACCGUCUAGACGCUCUAGUUCGCGUGAUAAACGACGUCGAGAGGCCAAUAGCUCGCCAGAAGCGCAUCAACAUCCGCCUGCUACCAUAGAUGCUGCUCCUGCUGCCGCGGUUGGGAUUGCGGUUGGGACGGUUCCGCCUACUCCAGGCACAGGUGUGAAUCCAACGAUUACGCAACUCAUGGCGCAGUAUCCAACGAUGAGUCUUCAGGACAUCAUUGCCAAGAUGCAGGCAUCAAAUGUGACGAUGGCUGCUGCAGUGGCCCAAAAACCGGCACGUGAGCUGUAUGUAGGCAACUUGCCUCCUAACGUUACGGGUGCACAGCUCCAGGAGUUCUUAAGUACUAUCAUUCAGCAGGUGGGGCUCACGGUACAGCCUGGAAACCCGAUCAUCAACACUUGGAUCUCUACCGACGGUCAUUUUGCAUUCUGUGAAAUGCGCUCGGUCGAGGAAUGCAACUUGGCGCUACUGCUAAACCAGUUGUCGCUUCUUGGGCAGCCACUGAAGUUUGGUCGACCGCGUAGUUUUAUGGGUCCGCCUCAACCUAUGCCUCAGAUUCCGGCCCGUGCCCAGACUGCCCUUACAAAUUUGGGAUGUACACCGAACCCGGCCUGGUUUGCUCAGCCUUCGAUCCCAAGCAUGACUGGGAUAACUGCGGAUAUGACAACCCUACCAGGAGCUACCUUGGGUGUAGUUUCCGAGAUGCAAGCCGUUGUCGCUGGCUCUACGACGGCUAACAAGAGCUCGCAACAGCUAGUUAUGUCCAAUAUUCCUGUUGUGCUGGCGGAGAACCUAGUGAAGGAGCUCGUGGAGCCGUUUGGAGCGCUAAAGAGCUUUACACUGGUCAAGGACGCUGCAACGGGUGCCUCCACGGGCAGCGCUGUAUUUGAGUACGAGGAUGAAAACGUCGCUGCGCAAGCGGUGAAAGGCUUGAAUGGACUAAGCAUCGGUGGUAUCCCUCUGUCUGUUCAACACCAGUGUCCCAGUAAUGGAGUGGCACUUGGAUCGUUACCGAGUUUGGUCACAAAUCCAGAGGACCAGCCCGGUCCUGUUCUCAAGAUGUUAAACAUGGUCUCAGUGGAAGAGCUGAGAGACGACGAAGAGUAUGCAGAUCUAGCUGAAGAUGUAGAGGAAGAGUGCAAGCGCUUUGGAAGUGUUGCAGGCUUGGAGAUUCCGCGUCCUAAGGAUGGGGAAGAUGUCGCCGGCUUGGGCUCGAUUUACGUUCGCUUCGGAAAGGAGGAAGAUGCGGUUUCCGCUUUGAAGGCUUUGAACGGACGCAAGUUCGGUGGCAAUAUUGUGAAAGUCACCUACUUUCCGGUGGACAAGUUUGAGAAGCAUGCCUUCUCCUGA